CAAAGCACAUAGACAUAAUAGCAAGAUAAUUACGCUGCACAAAGCCAAGCUCAGUGGGUGGCAACUGCCUAUUUUUUUUCCCUGAUUUUCUCUCUUUUUCUACUUUCUUCUUCCCUCUCUUUAUUUAACCUUUUGAGCUUUUUCUCUCUUUCACAUUCACACAAUCUGAUUGCUUUGGUUUUGCUUACACUGAGCAAAGACUCUGAGAGGAUCUCUCUCUCUCUCUCUGUGUAUCUGUGACCUGUGUUCCUCUCCUCGCUCUUUCACUUUCUCUUGUUUCUGUUUAUUCUUUGAUUCAUUUAGUUGAUACCCUUUAGAGUUUAGAGGCUUUAACAAGAGUUUUGAAGAAGGCAAAGGCUAUGGCAGCUCCAAAACCAGAAGAGAUAAGUCACCCACCAAUGGAUCAACUUCAAGGUUUAGAGUACUGUAUUGACUCUAACCCAUCUUGGGGAGAAGCUAUAGCUCUGGGUUUCCAGCAUUACAUUUUGGCAUUAGGAACUGCUGUUAUGAUCCCUUCAUUUCUUGUUCCUUUAAUGGGUGGUGAUCAUGGUGAUAAAGUGAGAGUGGUACAGACUCUGCUUUUUGUGGAGGGAAUCAAUACGCUUCUUCAAACACUGUUUGGGACUCGAUUACCAACUGUGAUUGGAGGCUCUUAUGCAUUUAUGGUCCCUAUCAUAUCAAUUAUUCAUGACCCUUCUUUGAUGAGCAUUCAGGAUGAUCACGUGAGAUUUCUCAACACCAUGAGAGCAGUCCAAGGUGCUCUAAUAGUGUCAUCAAGCAUACAGAUAAUUUUGGGUUACAGUCAGUUGUGGGCCAUUUGUUCCAGGUUUUUUAGUCCACUUGGAAUGGUUCCAGUCAUCUCAUUAGUGGGUUUUGGUCUGUUUGAUAGAGGCUUCCCUUUGGUCGGCCGGUGCGUAGAGAUUGGCAUUCCCAUGCUCAUCCUGUUCAUAGCCUUCUCCCAGUAUUUAAAGAACUUUCAGACAAGACAGCUACCAAUACUUGAGAGGUUUGCUCUCCUUAUAUGCAUCACAGUGAUAUGGGCAUAUGCACAUCUCUUGACAGCCAGUGGUGCAUACAAACAUCGUCCAGAGCUUACUCAAGUUAAUUGUCGGACCGACAAGGCUUAUCUCAUUUCUUCUGCUCCAUGGAUAAAGAUUCCAUAUCCUCUACAGUGGGGUGCUCCUACUUUUGAUGCUGGUCACUGUUUUGGAAUGAUGGCUGCUGUAAUAGUCUCACUUAUUGAGUCCACUGGAGCAUACAAGGCUGCAUCACGUCUAGCAAGUGCAACACCACCUCCAGCUCAUGUGCUCAGCCGUGGUAUUGGCUGGCAGGGCAUAGGAAUUUUACUGGAUGGAAUGUUUGGAACAUUGAGUGGAUCAACAGUCUCAGUGGAAAAUGUGGGGCUGCUUGGAAGUACACGUGUUGGCAGCCGCAGGGUUAUCCAAAUCUCAGCUGGUUUUAUGAUAUUUUUCUCAAUGCUAGGAAAAUUUGGGGCGUUAUUUGCAUCAAUACCCUUCCCCAUAUUUGCUGCAGUGUAUUGUGUUUUGUUUGGUCUUGUUGCUUCGGUGGGGUUGUCAUUUUUGCAAUUCACAAACAUGAACUCAAUGAGAAAUCUUUUCAUCACCGGUGUCGCACUCUUUCUCGGUUUGUCUGUCCCGGAAUACUUCAGAGCAUACACAGCAAAGGCCUUUCACGGUCCUGCUCAUACAAGAGCUGGAUGGUUCAAUGAUUUUCUCAAUACCAUCUUCUUCUCGUCCCCGACGGUUGCUCUGAUUGUUGCCGUUUUCUUGGACAACACACUUGACUACAAGGAUAGUGCUAGAGAUAGAGGAAUGACAUGGUGGGUAAGAUUCCGGUCGUUUAAUGGAGACAGCAGGAAUGAGGAGUUCUACACCCUUCCUUUUAACCUUAAUCGUUUCUUCCCUCCAUCAUGAAGUGGCUUCAUCACCAAAGAAAAAUGUUAGAGGAAAAACAUCAUUUCCAGAUAAGGAUGUUAUGGUGAUUGCAGCUGCAAUGGAGAAGAGUGUAAAGAUCAAAAUGUUUUUCGUGCAGAGAAAAUGGGUACCUCUGCUUUCUCUUUCCCUCUUUUCAUUAAUUUUAUGUACAUGACUCUGGCAGUUCGGGUUAUUAUAUUCCUUUUUUAUUCUA